UUUGUUUUGGGUAAUCCGUCACUUCCUGCUUUAGUUGCGGCUAAGCGGAAGAUAACAUUGGAGUUUCAGCAGGCAGUUUGUCGGAGAAUACGCUAUUUAGUAUAGCUUUAUUCUAUACAUUUUGAUAUAUAACGUUUGGAGUGCUAAUUUUCAUCAUGUUUUCCUUCAACAUGUUUGACCACCCGAUGCCACGGACUUUCCAAAACCGCUUCUCCACUCAAUACCGCUGCUACUCUGUGUCCAUGCUAGCGGGUCCCAACGACCGGUCUGAUGUGGAGAAAGGAGGAAAAAUUAUAAUGCCGCCAUCUGCACUUGACCAACUAAGCAGACUUAACAUCACCUACCCCAUGUUGUUCAAACUUACCAACAAGAACUCCGACAGAAUGACACACUGUGGUGUCCUGGAGUUUGUAGCAGAUGAGGGGAUUUGCUACCUGCCACACUGGAUGAUGCAGAAUCUCCUGCUGGAGGAAGGAGGCCUGGUCCAGGUGGAGAGUGUGAACCUCAUGGUGGCCACAUACUCCAAGUUCCAGCCACAGAGCCCAGACUUCCUGGAUAUCACUAACCCCAAAGCAGUGUUGGAAAAUGCCUUGAGAAACUUUGCCUGCUUAACUACAGGAGAUGUUGUCGCAAUUAACUACAAUGAAAAGAUCUAUGAACUGCGAGUGAUGGAGACUAAGCCAGACAAGGCCGUAUCUAUCAUUGAAUGUGAUAUGAAUGUGGACUUUGAUGCGCCGCUUGGUUACAAAGAACCAGAGAGGUGUUACAAAGCACCAGAGGAGCCCACAGAUGAGGAAGGAGACCCCAACACUUGGACUGAAAUGGACAUGAGAUUCAGAGCUUUCACAGGUUCAGGCAAUCGUCUGGAUGGCAAAAAGAAAGGCAUCGAGCCCAGCCCCGUCCCCAUCGAUCCCAGUGACAUUAAAAGAGGGAUUCCUAACUAUGAGUACAAGGUUGGCAGGAUCACCUUCAUCAGAAACUCUAGGCCUCUGCCCAGGAAAACAACAGAGGAUGAGGAUUCGGAAUUCAUCGCCUUCUCUGGUGAGGGAAAGUCACUUCGCAAGAAGGGUGGCAGAAAGAUUUGAGGCACUACAGUACUCAACUGCAGAGACUGACUGCAGACUCCACAAACAUACUCACACACCCACCAUAAGCAACCAAUAAAGGCAGGUCAUGAAAAGAGCUGGGUUCAUUUUUUUUCUUUCCCUUGGCAGGAAUCAACAAGGCGUUACUCUCCUUUGAUCAUAUUGUAAUGGUCUUGCCCAUGGUAAGCAUGUUAAAAGCACAUCAAAAAAAUUGAAUGUUAUUGGGACUGUGGUUAGAGUCCAGAGUUGCUGGUAUGAGCCCAUUCAAAGACAGCAACCCUUUCCUUUCACUACAAUAUGAUAAAUAUCAUAAACAAUGUUCUACUUUUCAACGGAAUGACAGUUGUUAAUGUUGGGAGUGGGUUUGAUUUUUCUUGGAAUAUGUAUCAAAUUAAUUUGGAAACGCUCCUCUGACAUUGGAACCUGUUGGACUCGAACUUUGAGUGAUGAGUGGUAGAUAAAUGCUAUUUAGUUUGUUUAUUUAUCAACACUCUGAAGUAAAGUACAGUGUUUUGAAUAUGCAAUCUGUAUAGAUCUGUUUAUUUUUGUCUUAAUUAUUUGUGUGUGGAAUGAUGCUUCCAUUAUAUUGCUUUAUAGAGCCUAAUGUUAAAGUGUAUCAGUAGGUAUUGAAAUAGCUACAUAUUGUAAUUGAUAAGUGUGCGGAGUCAAGAACAAAACACAGUAAAGGGAUACAAGAACAACUUGUGAAUAAUUUAGGGAUUUAUGAGUCUGAGCUGCAUGGUUGGUUGGUGAGGAUGGGGGCAGUCUCACAGUAUGGACUGGGAUAGAACAAAACAGAGAAAUGAAAUCAUUAGACAUUUUGCAUGACUGAAAAACACCAACUUUUUGAUGCCUUUUCUUUGUAUCUGACUGGUAAUGCCGGCAACAAAGCCUGUACUUUUAUUUCCACCAACUGACCUAGUUAUGAUUGCAGUAAUGUAUUUAAAAGUCCUGAGUAUAAAUGUUGCCUUUCCUUGGCACAUAUUAAGUCAUGAA